UCCCUGCUAACUAACAACACAAAUACCUUUGUCUGAAUUUUUGUAUUUCAGGUCAGCUCUGUGAGCCAACACAAUUCCAGCUCUCUGUUUCGUGCGGAGUGACGGUCACUGCGGUAUUUGGCUCUCUUGCCAUGAUCUCUGCACAGCAGCCACCAUUUCCCAACAAAAUUCAAAGAACAAUGGACUGCCAAUCCGAGGAAGAAGAAACAUGUGAAGAGCAGUAUGAUUCUGAAAACUGCACUUGCAGCUCUGAGGAUGCAGAAUCUGAAAGAGGCUCACCAGUAACUCUUAAAAUACUGCAGAACUGGGUUCCUAGAGUUUCACACUACUUUGAUAAGGAGCACUAUACAUACGUUGGCCACCAGAUUGUCAUUCAGGAGUCCAUAGAACACUUUGGAGCUGUGGUAUGGCCAGGGGCACUGGCUUUAUCUCAGUAUCUGGAAGCAAAUCAAGAACAAUUCAACCUCAAAGACAAAAAAGUUUUGGAAAUUGGUGCUGGAACAGGCUUGCUUUCCAUUGUGGCCUGUAUCUUAGGGGCUCAUGUUACAGCUACUGAUUUGCCAGAAGUUCUUGAAAAUCUCUCAUAUAAUAUUUCAAGAAAUACACAGAACUUGAAUAUGCACAAACCUGAAGUGAGAAAACUGGUAUGGGGAGAAGGCCUCAAUGAAGACUUUCCAGUAUCAACUUACCAUUAUGAUUUCAUACUGGCAACUGAUGUUGUGUACCAUCAUGGAGCUCUGGACCCCCUGCUAGCAACAAUGGUGUACUUUUGUAAGCCAGGAACAGUAUUGCUAUGGGCAAAUAAAUUCAGAUUCAGUACAGACUACGAAUUUUUGGAAAAAGUUUGCAAUAUAUUUAACACAACCAUUCUAGCAGAAUUUCCAGAAUCAAAUGUCAAGCUACUUAAAGCCACAGUAAGAAAGAAUUAAAGAGAAAACUACUACUGAUCUUGAUUUAGUGGCAGCACCUCAAAAAUUGGAAUGCUUUCCAAGAUUAUGUUGCACCAUCUGUGCAUUUAUGGUUGUAAAGUUGCAGUUCCAUCUAAGUUUUGCAUUGCAUGUAGAAAAAAAACCAGCAAGGCAAAAGAUAUAGCAGUUUGUCUCUGGUUGACAAAUAUGACCUG